UUUGAAGACCAACCAUGUGACUUGUGUAUGCUUUCCAGCUUCUUACUUCAAGUAACUUGAUGCCUUCAUUUGACAGUGAAAUUACCAAAGCCAUAUGGGGUGGCAAACUGCCACUUCGUAUUACCUGUCUUACCGAUGAUGCUAGCGAAUGGGAGCCGAUUCAUAUAGAAGCUCCUCGCUGCUCCUACUUUCCGCUCAUUGCCCAAAAGUUGCAUGACAUUUAUACAGGCCUAGGAUUACAGGUCGAUAAAGAGAAUAUCUGGUUUGACUACCAAGGAGAACCAUUAAAGUGGCACUAUCCGAUAGGCUUAUUAUACGAUUUAAAUGUAUUCGGCACAGCGACGCCGACAAUGGAUGAGGCGGUUAUACCAUGGUGUAUUAAUAUUCACUGGCGACAUUUCCCGGCGGACAAACUACUACGAAACCCCUCCAUCGAUGCAGCACAGGAUAUAUUUAUGAGCAUGCUCAAAGAGGCGGAUUACCUACGCCACGGCAAUACAAAAAAGGUGAUGAAUCUGUCUAAGCGGGAUCAAACUCAACUUUGGCAAUCCUUAUCUGUAGAUGAUCAUGAUAAAUAUUGGGAAGUGAAUGAACACCUACUGGAGAAUGAGCAUCAGCAGUGGCGCCACAUUCCUGUCCGCUUAUACUUGCCGAACAAUGGCGUGCUUCAGGAAGCAGUACCCUAUCAUGAUACCGAAGGCACCGCAUACACAAUAGCCGACGUAAUAUCACGAAUCAUGCCUAAGCUUUCCCUCACAACUGCUAUACCUGUCAUGCACGGCAUCCCAUUAACCAUGGACAUUCCUGCAGAAUGGGCUUCGAAAAAUUUAGCAUACGCAGACAAUUUUUUACAUAUUGUUCUGAGUAAAUCAAGAGAAUAACAAGAGAGGGAUUUCAUAAUAACAGCAGUGGAUG